AUGCCGACUGAUAUCCGCUCCUUUUUCGGUGGCAAACCUGCAGGCACCGUGGCCGAGAAACCCAAGCCCAAGGCCGAGGACAAGACGAAGAAGCGUGGGCGUGGCCGCAAAAUUGUGGAAGACGACGAUGAUGAUAAUGAAGACGAGGAGCCUGCGACCAAGAAAGCUGCUGCGUCGAAGAAAACAACCGCGAAGAAGCCCGAGCCAGAACCUGAGCUGGAGGAAACAACGGCAGAUGACUUCUUUGCCAAAGGCAAGCCCAAGCGGACCGCUGAUGUAAGACCCAAGCCCAUCAAGAAAGCGCCCGCAGAAGAGACGCCCAAGAAGAAGCCUGCUGCGAAGAGCAAGAGCGCCAAAAGCACACCCAAUGGCCGUGCGUCGACUCGAACGAAGAAGGAAACACAUUAUGUCGAUCUAGAUGCAGAUGACUUCCCCGAUGACGAUCUGGAGGGUGACGCGGAUGAUGUUGCAAAAGUGUCUGCUGCUACGGGACGGCGUCUUGGAGAUGACUAUCGAGAGGCCACGGAUGACGAGGAUGACCUGCCACUUGUGCCCAAGAAGAGGCAGAGCGGCAAGCAGAAGAAGAUCAAGGAUGAUGACGAGGACGACUUCACCCCUGACGGCGAUGUUGAUAUGAAGGAUACCAAUCCAGAGGAUGAUGUGGUCGUCCCUGACGAAGACGAGAGGAUUGUCGAGAACAAGCCUGCGAAGAAGACACCCGCCAAAGCGUCAGCCAAGCGCAAAUCAACUGCUCUGGAUGAGGACGAUGACGAUUUGGAAAUAGAGCAAGCAAAGCCAGCCAAGAAGCGUGCGGCUCCCACCAAGAAAGCGACACCUGCCAAAAAGAACGCCCCCAAAGACAGCGCAGAGCUCAAGGCCAUUUUCGACAGCAUUCCUACCAUCGAACCUCCGCCGCCUCCACCCAAAGCAGACGAUGAUGGUGAGAAGAAGAAAACGUUCCAAUUUGGAGCGCAUGCCAAUUCUGCGGUUCCAGCUGGAGCACUCUCUUCUGCCGACAUCCCAACUGGAAAUGAUAACUGUCUGGCUGGGCUUAAAUUUGUCUUCACUGGUCAGCUUCAGCAGCUUGGUCGAGAGCAGGGCCAGGCUCUGGUCAAGCAGUAUGGUGGUCACGUCAUGACAGCACCCUCGAAGAACACCAGUUUUGUGGUACUCGGCGAGGAUGCUGGACCAAAGAAGCUGGAGACUAUCGAGAAACUCGGCCUCAAGGUCAUCAACGAGGAGGGAUUGUUCGCGCUGAUCAGCAAGCUUCCUGCCAACGGUGGUGACGGUGCAGCUGCUGAGAAGCAGGCCGAGAAGCAGGCUAAGGAAGAGGAGAAGAUUCGUGCGGCUGCAGCGGAGAUCGAUGCACAGGAAAAGGCAAAAGCGGCCGCUGCUGCUAAAUCGAAAUCUACCACGACAGCGAAAACAUCGUCAGCUCCUCAACAAGCCAAGGCAAAGGCGGCUGCAGAUGCGCCAGACUCUCGAUUGUGGACUGUUCGCUAUGCACCGCAAUCUUUGAGCCAGAUUUGCGGAAAUCAGGCUCAAGUCAUAAAGCUGCAAACGUGGUUGCGCAUGUUCCCCAAGAAUCAGCGAACUGGCUUCAAGAUGCCUGGCAAGGAUGGCAGCGGUACGCAUCGAGCAAUCAUGAUACACGGUCCGCCCGGUAUUGGCAAGACCACUGCUGCUCAUCUGGUUGCCAAAAUGGAAGGCUAUGAUAUUGUUGAGUCCAACGCAUCCGACACCCGCUCGAAGAAGCUUGUUGAGAAUGGACUGAAAGGUGUCAUGUCCACAACAUCGCUCAUGGGCUACUUUGCGAGUGGAAGUGACGACAUUGAGGUUGGUAAGAAGAAGCUAGUGCUGAUCAUGGAUGAGGUUGAUGGCAUGAGUGCUGGAGAUCGUGGCGGUGUCGGUGCGUUGGCUGCCGUCUGCAAAAAGACGCAAGUUCCCAUGAUCCUCAUUUGCAACGAUCGAAAAUUGCCAAAGAUGAAGCCAUUCGACUUUGUCACCUUCGACCUUCCAUUCCGUCGUCCCACGACCGACAUGAUUCGCAGUCGGAUAUCCACAAUCGCCUUCCGCGAAGGACUCAAGAUGCCACCCAACGUUAUCAACGCAUUGAUUGAGGGUUCCGGCGCGGACAUUCGACAGGUUGUCAACAUGAUCAGUACGGCGAAGCUGGAUUCGCAAAACCUCUCCUUCGAGGACAGCAAGGACAUGAGCAAAGCAUGGCAGAAGCACAUCGUUCUCAAACCCUGGGACAUGGUUGGAAAGAUCCUUGGCGGUGGGUUGUUCAACCCAUCCGCGAAUUCUAGCUUGAACGACAAGACUGAGUUGUACUUCAACGACCACGAAUUUGCGCCGCUGAUGCUCCAGGAAAAUUACCUGGGCACAAAUCCUCAGCGAAGCAACCAACACAACGGCAACCCCAAAAGGAAGCGCCUCUCUGAACUGGACCUGGUCAGCAAAGCCGCGGACUCCAUUAGCGAUGGAGAUUUGGUCGACAGGAUGAUCCACGGGUCUCAGCAGCAGUGGUCGCUGAUGCCCGCGCAUGCCAUCUUCUCCUUUGUCCGCCCCGCUUCUUUCGUAUAUGGAAGCAUGGCGGGCCACAAGACCCAAUUCACCUCCUGGCUGGGCAAGAACUCAAACCAAGGCAAGUUGAUGCGAUUCAUCAAGGAGAUUCAGGGACACAUGCGGUUACGUGUUUCGGCAGAUCGACAUGAGAUUCGACAGACGUAUCUCCCGAUGCUGUUCGAAAAGCUGAUUGUGAAGUUGCGUGACGAGGGCAAAGAGGCUGUUCCUGAGAUCAUUGAACUGAUGGAUUCCUACUACUUGACCAAGGACGAUUGGGAUGCGAUAUUGGAACUCGGCGUCGGCCAAGCAGAUAUGGAGAACAUCAAGAUUGAGACGCAGGCCAAGUCUACUUUUACACGAUUAUACAAUCUCCAAUCCCACCCGUUGCCGUUUAUGAAAGCCAGCGAGGUCGUAGCGCCAAAGAAAGCCCCUCCGAAAGAAAAACCUGAUUUGGAAGAAGCUUUCGAUGAGAGUGAAGACGAGGCUCCUCUUGAUGAUGUCAAGGAAGAGGACAAUGUUGAAGCGGAUUUGAGUAAGGACAAGUACGUUGCUAAGCCGAAGAAGAAGAGAGCCAGCACUGCUGGUGGUAGCAAGGCUUCCAGUAAAGCGAGUGGGAGUAAAGCUGCGGGGAGCAAGAGGAACAAGGCUGCGGUUGACGAUGACGAGGAGGAUGAGGAGGAAGAUGUUAAGCCGAAGAAGGGGAAGGGUAGGGCGAAGAAGUGA